AGCGCACGGCUAGCUAGCGCCAAGGAAGCAAUGUUAUGUUUCUCGAAGAGCAGGUAAAAAACGGCCAGAUUUUCACACAAAUAUAUUUGGGUGGUUUUACGUUCUUUAAUUUAAAGAGAUAAAACAUAACACUAUUUAAAUAGUAGGUACACAUCUAACAGAAUGGGUUUGUGUAAUUACAAUAAUAACGAGAUAUAGGUACUCAUUUUUAUAAUCAACUGUUUAAACAGUUGUUUGCUAAUUUAAAACUUUAAACAGGCUAAUUUUAAAUAAAGUUAAGCUGGUUUUAGAGCGUUUAGUCGCCUACAUUAGACGCACCAAUAGAGAUCAGACAGCUAUUCUGUUAGAAUUCUGUAUUAGUUCAUAAUGAAUCUUAUUCCGUGCUCAAUAGAGUAGUCAUUCAAUAAACGCUACCUAUGCGGCCUGACCAUUUUUUCAUAGUGGCACGCGCCUUUGCGGUUUUUAAACAAUAGAUAAGACGAUAAUCCGUAGAAGCUCACGGAGAAAAAUAGAAACUAUAUCUCAGUGUAACAUUACGUUUUCGAAAAAGUGAUGUGAAAUAGCAUUACUUUUUGAAGUACUGUUUCGCGCAUGUCUACUACAGAGCUGAUUCUGGGCUCCUAUUAUAGAAUCAUGGAUGAAAAAAAGAAAAGAAAACUUUACUCUGAUGCAAACCUAGCGGAAGCUCUGGAUGAAAUAUCAAAAGGCAUGUCAAUAUACCAAGCGUCAAAAACUUAUAACAUACCGGAGAGUACACUCAGAGACAAAAGGGAUAAAAAAUAUAAGAAUGCAAAAUGUGGUACUCAACCAAUUCUGACAUUACAAGAAGAAAAACAAAUAGUGGAUUGGAUACAUUAUCUGGGAAGAAUCGGUUUUCCUGUUAGUAAACAACAGUUGUUAGAAGUUGUUUCUAAACUUGUAAAAAGUUUAAAUCGGCCGAAUCCAUUCAAAGACGGAGUGCCCGGCAAAGGCUGGUUUCAACAAUUUAUGAAACGCCAUCCGACUGUGGCUAAAAGAGUGACUCAAAAUAUGCCUACCAGUAGGAACCAAGUCACCGAAGGAGCAUUAAGAGCAUGGUUUGACCGCGUUAGGGCGUACCUGCAAAAUCAAGAUUUGGUGAAUAUUUUUGAAGAUCCUAAGCGAGUCUUUAAUUGCGACGAGACUGCAUUUUUUCUAAGUCCCAAAGAAUCUCAAGUUUUAGUGAAGCGAGGUAGCAAACGAGUAUACACAAGAGUUGCCAAUGACGAUAAAGAAUGCCUUACUGUCUUGGUCAACGUUUCAGCUAAUGGUGAUAUCGCUCCACCAAUGGUACUAUAUCCCUACAAAAGGAUGCCACCUAAUAUAAAGCUCACAGUGCCAUUAUGGUGGGGUCUAGGAAACUCCGAAUCUGGAUGGAUGAACAUGGAAACAUUCUACGAGUAUGUCACUAAUGUGUUUUAUCCUUGGGUAUUACGGCAAAAAAUCACGUUGCCAGUCGCGUUAUUUCUUGAUGGGCAUACUUCCCACAUAUCUUUGCCUCUAUCCACCUUUUGUAAAGAGAAGGGGAUAGUUUUGAUUGCGCUCCUACCGAAUGCAACUCACAUAUUACAGCCACUCGAUGUAGCCGUAUUUCGUUCAGUAAAAGGAGCCUGGCGAAAUAUUGUUCGUGAUUUUAGAGCUCUAAACGACUACAAGAAAUUAAAACGCACUGAUUUCGCUUUAGAAGUUGAAAAAUGUUUUAAUGUCAGUUUAAAGGUUGAAAGCAUCAAGAACGGAUUUCGCUGCUGUGGCUUAUACCCGUUUAAUCCUGACAACAUUGACUAUACCAAAUUGUUAUCGACUAAACCGAAAUCAGCAGACGGUACCAGCACGGAAGACGCCUCCUCCUCAGAAAGAACUAGUAAUCAUACUAAUAAUAGGCAGUUUUCCCAGCAGUUUGAGGACAGGUUAUCCCCGGUUACAUUAUGGGCAUUUAAAGAUAACGAAGGUGACCAGUGGACAGGUGAACCUGCAUACACAAAGCUUUACGAUUUUUGGAGAAAACACUGUUUUAAAGGGGUACCAGCUUCAGACACAACAGACUUGGAGCUUGGGGAGUCCACCUUUACUAAUAAUGUCGAUAUUGAGAAUAUUACAGAACCGGUACUCAACUUCGUUGUAGAGCAUGAUGGCACAUUAACACGUGACAUGAAAGCUGCCUCGUCCUUGUCGCCUACAGCACAGAGCUCCAGCACACUUGUGAAUACAACUGACAUAGGUUUGUCUGAAAACACCAUUAUCGACAAUGUAUGUCCUAAUGCCGGCAUUGAUAAUAAAGCUUUGAAAACACCAACAACUUCUUUAAUGGCUCAAGUAAUGCGAACUUCAACACCGGAAUCAGCUCAAUGUUGUAGUCCCCUCAGCUCGUUAUCCGAAAUUGAAUACAAUGAGAACAAAGACAUAGCACACCUGCAUGACAAAAAAAAAAGAACCACUCAUGAGAAAAACCGUUGGUCACCUGUUGCUGGUUCCUUUUUAAGUGGGACUAAGACACCGUUGAAACGGGCGGCUACACCUUCAAAUACUGAGCAGCAUGCACCUAUCGCUAGUACUUUAAAUAGUACAUCAUCGCUUCAACUUAUCCCGACACCAUUUAAACGUAUCAAUACGCCAUUCAAGAAAGCCUUAUAUUUUCCAAAAAAAACUGAACCUACUAACAAGAAAAAAAUUAACAAAGUAACGCCAACAGUAGCUACUGCAGAAGAAUUUAUUAAUCAUUUGAAAAAAGUAGAAAAAGAAAAAGAAGAUAAAGAAAAUCUCAAGCAAAAAAGAAAACGAGAGUCUAUAGAAAAAGAAAAAGAAUGCAAGAAACAGAAACCGUUGCAAAUCAUAACUUUGAAAAAACCCAAUGUUAAAGUAGUCAAGAAAACAACUAUGAAGCCGACGAAAACUAAUAUGCCGAGUACAAGUAGAAUAGAAAUACAAGAAGAUUCCGAUAGUGGCAAGGAAGAAAUAUUUUCUCUGCCAACGAAAAUGGUUCGACCAGUUAGAUGCAGUCUAUUUGACUCGGAUUCCGAUACGUAAUGACAAAUAAUUCAGUAAUAUUAAGGUUCACGAACUAUAUUCCUAAAAGUUUUAUUUAAUAUUUAAGCCAAAGUUGAUCUUAUCGUGAUCUCAAAUAACAUUUCAGAAAAUGUGCAAUUAAAAUAAUCGUGAUUUUUU